AUGUCCAAACAACCCAGCAAAGACAAGAUACUGGAGGCUGUUGCGUUCGCUGACGAAGAUGGGGUCGUUCCGCCGGUCAUCGCCCAGCUCGCCGCGGAGGGCAACCAGCAGGUGGCCGCCGCCUACGAGGUGUAUGUGGCGGGCUGCGACAAGAAGGACUUUGUUGACACUCUUUGCCGCAUCGCAGUGAUCGUACCUGAAGACGGCGCUCGGGAGCACAAUGGUGCGUCUGAGCCAGUGUCGGCCUUGGGCGAGCCCUUGGCCGCUGCCGGUGACGGUACAGCUGUUCCCGAGUCGCCGGCCGCCAUGAGAGCAUCGCUCAGCGCGAAACUGGCGACGGAGAUCAAGACGUAUGCGUCGCGGGCACGCGAAUGGUACGGAUGGCACUUUCCAGAAAUGUCCUUGAUUGUCCCAGACGACGUCGCGUACAGCUCGGUCGUCAUCGCCAUGGGAGAUCGCGCCAACGCCGCGACAGCCGACUUUACCGGCAUCCUCGACGAGAGCACAGCCGCUCUCCUCCGCUCUGCCGCCGUGAACUCGAUGGGCACCGAGUUGGGAGAGACGGACGUGGAGACCAUCAAGGGCCUCUGUCGGCAGAUCCUCGAUCUUACCAAGCGCACGCGUGCCCAUGCCGCCGCCCACGCCACCGCCGCCACCCCGCACCAACCACAGACCGAGACCGAGACCGAGGCAGCCGUCUCCCUCGCCAUCACCGCCACCAUCACCUCCUCCGGCAUGCUCUGUGAAAUCUCAGCGACGUCCAACUUUGUGGUCACUUGGUUGGUGCUGACCAUCCUCGGCGUGGUGGCGCAGUUUGUGCUCUCGGGCAUUCCGUUUUGGCUCCUCUACGUCCGGCCGAGCUAUGCGACUUGGCGAUGGAAGACCAACGGCAAGUACCCAAGCGCAUGGCACGUGCGGAACGAGAUUGUAGAGAUGCUGCGGUCACUGUGGGCGGCGACGAUGUGUCCGGCGCUGGCACUGUGGAUGAGCCAGCACGGGAUGGGUCAGGCGUACUGCGGCGUCUCUCCGGCGUCCGGGCUCACCGUCGGGUACCUGGCGGUGACGACAGUGGCGGUCGUCGUCAUCUCGGACUAUUACGAGUUCCUCUACCACUGGUGCGGUCACCGAUUUUCGGCGAUGUGGAGCGUGCACAAGUCGCACCACAUCUACGCCAACCCGAGCCCGUUUGCCGUCAUUGCCGACGAGGCGCCGGACCAGUUUAUGCGCUCGCUCCCGCUCCUAGUCUUCCCGCUCGUCAUUCCCAUCAACAUGGACAUGAUGUUUAUCAUGUACUCGGUCAUCUUCUACGGCUACGGCACGUACCUCCACACCGGCUUUGAGCUCCCGUUCCUCUCGGCGCACAACCCGCUCAUCAACACCUCGUACCACCACCACCUUCACCAUGCGCUCUCCAUCAAGAACAAGCCGUACCACACCGGGUUUGCCAUCAAGCUCUGGGACAAUAUCUUCGGAUCGGUAUACCCCAAGGCCUGCUUCUGCGUCGUCUGCCAGCACGCCGCCGGCAAGCGAACCCGCGCCGAGUACGAUGCCGUCGUCAAACCAAGUUACGCUCCGCUGCUCUCGCCAUCGUUCUGGCUCCACGGACCACCCGACGCCGGCCUUCCGGCCAAGGCCGAGUAGCGAGAACUUGUCCCAGGCGUACAACUUGCCUCCUCCCGAGCCUGGCCUCGACGCAGUCCCGAUCUGUCGCCGACUGCGUUGAGGCGCGCCGAGAGCUCCAGCUGGCCGAUGCGUUUGCAGCGCUGUCGGCCGUCGCCAGAACGAGCGCAACUCUCAUCAAGCCAAAAGUCAUCAUCAAACGUCGUAUCACUGCC